UAGUACUGGGAGCGCCGGUAUAAAUGUGCGCGCGCCGCCCCCUCGCACCAGUUGUUGCCUCGAGCCCUCUGUGUUCCACACGCGACGUCACAAAGCCGUCUGCAAAAAGGACAUUUGUCCCUUUUGUCCUCUUCUCUCCUUUAUACAGUCAACCUGAGAGGAAAACAUGCGUGAGUGUAUCUCCAUCCACGUUGGUCAGGCUGGUGUCCAGAUUGGCAAUGCAUGCUGGGAGCUUUACUGCCUGGAACACGGGAUCCAGCCUGAUGGACAGAUGCCCAGUGACAAGACUCUUGGAGGAGGAGACGAUUCCUUCAACACCUUCUUCAGUGAGACUGGAGCUGGAAAGCACGUCCCCAGGGCCGUCUUUGUGGACUUGGAGCCCACCGUCAUCGAUGAAGUCCGCACUGGGACCUAUCGCCAGCUGUUCCACCCAGAACAGCUGAUCACUGGUAAGGAGGACGCUGCCAACAACUACGCCCGUGGACACUACACCAUUGGCAAAGAGAUCAUCGACCUGGUGCUGGACAGGAUCCGCAAACUGGCUGACCAGUGCACCGGUCUUCAGGGCUUCCUGGUUUUCCACAGUUUCGGAGGUGGCACUGGCUCUGGUUUCACCUCCCUGCUGAUGGAGCGUCUCUCUGUAGACUACGGCAAGAAGUCCAAGCUGGAAUUCUCCAUCUACCCAGCUCCCCAGGUGUCCACUGCCGUGGUGGAGCCCUACAACUCCAUCCUGACCACCCACACCACCCUGGAACACUCAGACUGUGCCUUCAUGGUGGAUAACGAGGCCAUCUACGAUAUCUGCCGUAGGAACCUCGAUAUCGAGCGUCCUACUUACACCAACCUGAACAGGUUGAUCAGUCAGAUUGUGUCCUCCAUCACUGCUUCCCUUCGAUUCGAUGGUGCCCUCAAUGUUGAUCUGACAGAGUUCCAGACCAACUUGGUGCCAUAUCCCCGUAUCCAUUUCCCUCUGGCCACCUACGCCCCAGUCAUCUCCGCUGAGAAGGCUUACCACGAGCAGCUCUCAGUGGCCGAAAUUACCAACGCCUGCUUUGAACCAGCCAAUCAGAUGGUGAAAUGUGACCCUCGCCACGGCAAGUACAUGGCCUGCUGCCUGCUCUUCCGUGGUGAUGUGGUGCCCAAAGAUGUAAAUGCUGCCAUUGCCACCAUCAAGACCAAGCGCACCAUCCAGUUUGUGGACUGGUGCCCCACUGGUUUCAAGGUUGGCAUCAACUACCAGCCACCCACUGUGGUUCCUGGUGGAGACCUGGCCAAGGUCCAGAGGGCUGUGUGCAUGCUGAGCAACACCACCGCUAUUGCAGAGGCCUGGGCUCGUCUGGACCACAAGUUUGACCUGAUGUACGCUAAGCGCGCCUUUGUCCACUGGUAUGUAGGUGAAGGUAUGGAGGAGGGAGAGUUCUCUGAGGCCAGAGAGGACAUGGCUGCUCUGGAGAAGGAUUACGAGGAGGUUGGUGUUGACUCCAUUGAGGGUGAAGGAGAGGAAGAAGGGGAGGAGUAUUAAGUGUAGUUGUACGUGGUCCAUAAACAACACAGUGCUGCAUGAUCUUCUGACCGUUGGUAAUAAACACUGAGUUUAAACUGGCA